UUUGCUUUCCCGUUCGUCGGCUGGCGCAGGAAAUGAUGAAACAGUGAGGAAUUCUUUUCAGAGCUCAACUGUGCAGCGAAGCAAAUCGCUUCCAUUAAGGAUUUUUUCCUACUCAAAAAUUAAAUAUAUUCAGUUUAAUGUCCAACAUAAGCGAAGCAAUUCCUGAAAUAAAGAGGCUUUGCCUCGCCACCGAGCAAAGUCAUAUAGCAGCGAAUGCCAUGAUGCUGACAAAGCUAGAUGAACUCAAUUCGCAAGUCCUGUCCCAGCGCGCGGAAAUCGAAAACUUGACGAGGGCGGUUAGGACCCUCACGGAAUUCGUAAAGCAGUCGACGAAAACGACGAGGCCGAGGGCGAAGGGGAAUCCGGACGAUGAUUUUCCAAUUCUGUAUGAGGAGGAUCUCAUCGAAGUGGAUCACAAGAUAAGCCAGGACUCCAGGGGGAUCUAUACAAAAUCCAUUUUGAAAUUCUUGCGCCAGGGAAGAAUAAGUCGCUCCAUAAGAUCCAUUUUCUCCGAGGAUAUUCUGUUGAACUACAACGUUGACGGGUGUAAAAAUAAGAAAAGACUGAAAGAUCACGAGUAUUUGUUUCGUUCACUAAUGGACGCCAUCAGUCAGGUGGAACCUACACUACCCUCAGAAAAAGCAUUAUCCAAAGCCAUGAGAUGCGUUAAGAAUUGCGCGGCCAAGAAAAAGGGCAGGGUAGAUGAUGACCCCUUGGCUUUUUUGAACGUGGAGAUGAACGAUGAGCUGAAAUCAUAACUAUAAGCUCAUUUUAGAAUGACUUAUAGAGGCUAGGAUAAAUUAAAUUCUUUGAUGAUUACGGGCGAAUCAACGAGAGUUGAGGAGUCAGAGAGCGUUGUUGAUAAUAAAAAAUGAAUACCCAAAAAGUGGUUGAUGAAUCAUCAUCACUCUAGUGAGAAGUUUUCACGAAGGGCAGAAGAGCGAGAGCAAAACAAAAGACGAAAAGUGAGGAAAACGAAAACAUCGAAUCCUAGCUGCGCUAUCGAUGUUU